GGAUAGACGGCUUAGUAUAGGAAGCAUUAGAUAGAGACAGCUGGGGGCUGUUGUACAGAGUGAGAGUGCUAGUGACAACCAGGGGGCGAGACAGGCGGCUAGUGACAGCCAGGGGCAGAGAGACAAGUGGCUAGUGACAGCCAGAGAGAAGGAAACAGGCAACUAGUGACAGCCAGGGAGAGACAGCCAGGCAGCUAGUGAUAGCCGGAGAGAGGGAGACAGGCAACUAGUGACAGCCAGAGAGAGUGACACGUGGCUAGUUACAGCCAGAGAGAGAGACAGGCUGCUAGUGACAGCCAGGGAGAGGGAGACAGGCUGCUAGUGACAGCCAGAGAGAGGGAGACAGGCAACUAGUGACAGCCAGGGAGAGACAGACAGGCGGCUAGUGACAGCCAGAGAGAGGGAGACAGGCAACUAGUGACAGCCAGGGACAGACAGACAGGCGGCUAGUGACAGCCAGAGAGAGGGAGACAGGCAACUAGUGACAGCCAGAGAGAGGGAGACAGGCAACUAUUGACAGCCAGAGAGAGUGACACGUGGCUAGUUACAGCCAGAGAGAGAGACAGGCUGCUAGUGACAGCCAGGGAGAGGGAGACAGGCUGCUAGUGACAGCCAGGGAGAGGGAGACAGGCGGCUAGUGACAGCCAGAGGGAGGGAGACAGGCAACUAGUGACAGCCAGGGAGAGACAGACAGGCGGCUAGUGACAGCCAGAGAGAGGGAGACAGGCAACUAGUGACAGCCAGGGGCAGAGAGACAAGUGGCUAGUGACAGCCAGAGAGAAGGAAACAGGCAACUAGUGACAGCCAGGGAGAGACAGCCAGGCAGCUAGUGAUAGCCGGAGAGAGGGAGACAGGCAACUAGUGACAGCCAGAGAGAGUGACACGUGGCUAGUUACAGCCAGAGAGAGAGACAGGCUGCUAGUGACAGCCAGGGAGAGGGAGACAGGCUGCUAGUGACAGCCAGGGAGAGACAGACAGGCGGCUAGUGACAGCCAGAGAGAGGGAGACAGGCAACUAGUGACAGCCAGGGAGAGACAGACAGGCGGCUAGUGACAGCCAGAGAGAGGGAGACAGGCAACUAGUGACAGCCAGGGAGAGACAGACAGGCGGCUAGUGACAGCCAGAGAGAGGGAGACAGGCAACUAGUGACAGCCAGGGAGAGACAGACAGGCGGCUAGUGACAGCCAGAGAGAGGGAGACAGGCAACUAGUGACAGCCAGAAAGAGACAGGCGGCUAGUGACAGCCAGGUAAAGACAGACAGGCGGCUAGUGACAGCCAGAGAGAGGGAGACAGGCAACUAGUGACAGCCAGAAAGAGACAGGCGGCUAGUGACAGCCAGGUAAAGACAGACAGGCGGCUAGUGACAGCCAGAGAGAGGGAGACAGGCGGCUAGUGACAGCCAGGGAGAGAGACAGGUAGCUAAUGAUAGCCAGAGAGAGGGAGACAGGCAACUGAUAUAGACCAUUACAUAUACAGAAAUAACUAGAAAGAGGGUUACAAAUUAAUAGCCAGGGAGUGCAUGUGUCACAGCUAUAAAGUAUGCACUGGGUGUAGUGACAGAGCACUUACACUGUAACCAGAAACCCUCAUAUACUGCACAGACGGUUUGGGACAUUCUGAUACCCCCCACCUCCAGACCGCUCACCAUGACAUCCUCAUCUGACAGCAGCCGCGAGGGUGAAUCUAAUUCUAAGUGGUUGGAUGCUCACUACGACCCUGUUGCAGGUCUGAACACAUGCUCCUCCUGCAUAGCCCUUGCUGACCUACAUGGAGAUGGGGACUAUAAGCUGGUGGUUAGUGACAUGGGCACGGGGCCGUAUAACAUGAAGCUGAAGGUGUAUAAAGGCACCAGCCUACUGUCUGAGAAUGCCCUGCUGGACCUGCCUACAGGCGUGGCUGCUUUUCUAAUGGAUCAGAAUGAGCCGCGCACUCCGGCGGUGGCGGUGGCAUCUGGGCCUUUCAUAUAUGUGUACAAGAACCUGAGACCAUACUUUAAGUUCACGCUACCAGCCUUGGAGAUCAAUGCCUUGGAGAAAGAAGUGUGGGACCAAGCCAAGGAGGUUGACCUUCCCAGUGUUCCCACUCUGUUGGACGUAACAGGACAGUAUGACAUUGAGUAUCGUAUCACAGUCGCAUGCCGUAACGGCUGUGUUUACAUUCUCCGCAGGGAUUCCAAGAGGCCCAAGUACUGCAUUGAGCUGGGGGCGCAAGUUGUCGGGCUGGUUCGGGUUCAGAAAAAUGUGAUGAUUGGGACCUCUCAGGAGGCCUUGCACGGAUACUCUCAGAAGGGAAAGCGGCUGUGGUCAUUGACGCUGCCUGCUCCUGUAAUGACAAUGUCUUUGCUGGAGCACAAGUCACGCAAUAUUCAGGCUGUGCUGGUGGCGCUAAAAAACCUGGAAGUCCGUCUGUACCGAGAUAAAAACUUGCUCAGUGUUAUAUUUACCCCGGACAUAGUGACCGGCCUCUGCUUUGGACGAUAUGGGAGGGAGGAUGACACCCUAGUUAUGACCACAAAAGGGGGAGGGCUUAUGAUUAAAAUCCUGAAGAGAACGGCACAGUUUGAAGACAAGGACAUGUCACCUGGUCCCCCAACUGGGCAAAGCAUCAAACUCAACGUACCCAAGAAAACCAAACUCUAUGUAGACCAGACACUUAGGGAGAGAGAGAAUGCUGUAGCGAUGCAUCGUGUAUUUCAGAUGGAUCUCUACCGCCUGCGUCUUACUGCUGCCCGGGCAUACGUUAAGGCAUUGGAUGCCAGCCUCACUCCCAUGUCAGCCACUCAGCAAGAGCCACUAACCCUGAAUGCUGUAGUUCAGGGUAUUGGACCCCAGUUUAAGCUGACUCUGAACCUACAGAACACAUCAGCGAACCGACCCUCAAUGCAGCUUCUGAUCAGCCUCCAGUACGACGAGAGACUUUAUCGUGUCAAACCUGCUUUCUUUAAGGUUCCUCUGCUUGUCCCUGGGCUGAAUUAUCCUAUUGAGACAUUUGUUGAGAGCUGCAGUGACAAAGGGAUUUCUGACAUUAUCAAGGUUUUUGUGCUGAGGGAGGGCAAGAGCACGCCUCUUCUGACCGCCCACAUCAACAUGCCUGUUAGCGAGGGUUUGGCAGCCGCGUGAUGUGCCGAAGGACACCCUCCUGAUCUUCCGUAGACAGCAGUGACCCUCAGAGAGUGUAGAUACUCGCUCAGUGCCGAUAGGUCACAUAAGUGUAGAGCGCUGGGAUUGAGUAACUAGACUUUGGGAAAUGUGUUUGGAGCAAGGACACUACGCGUCACCAGAAGCAGAGCCUGAUCCUUUGAUUGUUUCCAUCACUAUGUACACGUGAGAUGCUAAAUAUGGCACAUAUACAUCGUACAGGGAUAAAUACGCUGAACCGAAGGCUUAAAGCAUUAGGCAUAGAAUGAAGUCUUUAUUUCCUUAAAGUGAUGGUAAAUUUCAGCCUUUUAGAAUGUUGCAAUGAAAAAUAUAUUAGUGUACAAGCAAAACCGCAUAAUUAUUAUUAUUUUUUUUUAAAGUGUAUAUUUAUUUUAUAAUAAAAGAUUUAUAAUCCUA